CAUUCUGUUAUCGAUCGACGCGCCAUGAUGUGCGUUAUUGUACUCGUAUGUGUUAAAUCCUGCUAAAAUAAUCGUUAUAAAGAUGAACUUUUGCACAAAGCGCGUAGUUUUCUCGGUUUCAUUUAUUUAAUUAUUAGUUUUUUAUGUUUUUGUUCGAUUGUGUUUGUGUAUUCAGUGUUAAAAUGUGUGUUUGAAUUAUUCGAGUACGUGUUAUUUGUGUAUUAGUGAUUGUUUAAGUGUGUACGAAUCUCGAGCACUAUGGUACCAAUUUUCCGAGUUAAUUCAUGCUUCAAGUAAUGGCUAAGAGUCCCGGAGAAAGCAAGAUUCCUGUAUUUCAUACGAAUCCGCUGAAGAGUAAAAUAUCGAAGCCGCUGACAAACCUAUCGAAUCGCGUGCGCGCUCAUUUGGACGCAGCGUCGAAAUCCAGAGCUUCCUCGUCGGCGGUCUUGUUCGGCAUACUGAGCGCUGGCGGAGGCAGUUUGAAAAAUGUAACCAGUGGUAAAAGCUCGUUAACGGUGUCGCAGAUCAGCACCGGUAAUAAGCUCUCAUCUAGUCACGACGAUCUCCAGAAGAGCUCAAAUGUACCAACGACAACGACGACGGCGUCUGCUCCAGCUCGACCUACCAAUAUCUUCGUAUCGGGGCAGUACUUUCCGACGGCGGUAAAUAUCAAGAAAUCGUUGACGGAAUCUUCGGUGGCCGUUGGUAAACGUGUGAGACUCGGUUCGGGUAAGGAAGGCGUGCUGCAUUUCGUCGGUCAGACGCAGUUUGGCGAAGGAACGUGGUGCGGAGUCGAGCUCGAUCAGGAAGAAGGAACGACCAACGGUACGGUGGAUAACGUGAGGUAUUUCAGUUGCGCCGAAAAUCGCGGAGUGUUCGCGUUAAUCGAGAAUGUAGAUUUGGUGCCGGAAGUUCGCGAGUAUUUGUCGGAUGUGUCGGAUUCGGGACCUCAUAGCUUGCUAGGGGUUACCGGAGAUAUCGAGCAGAUCCAGCAGCAUGAUAACGAGGCAGCUUCGACGUCGGAGGGUUGCUUUCGUUCCAAAGAUAACGCGUUCAGGUACUCCGGAAGUCAUCUGCAUCAUCAACAGUCCAGCCAGCUCUCUACUCCGACGCCCAACAGCUCAUCGAACGAUAGUUACGCUCUGCACGAGUGGAAGGUGAACUCGAGGCAUUCGUCGUCUGCCGGAUCGUUAGCUUUGAGCCAUCGUGGCGUGAACCUGAUGCCUGGAAUGGAUCCUAUGUCGGCGUCCUACCAUAUGAGCAAGCAUAGCUCGUUCGAGUGCGACGAAAGUCUCGGCAUUCUUACUCCAGAUCAAAUGGGCGAGCUGACCACCUGCAGCACAGAAGGCCACGCUCUCGGAGGUGGAUCGUGCGACGAUUUCUCAGCGUUUACUUUCCACGAGACGAAUAACUCGGAGAGUACGAGUAAAACGGACGUCGUAGCUGUGCAAAUCAAGUAUCCGUCGCUGAGUAACAUCGUCGACGUACCUUCGGCAGUCGAGAAUUCCGAAGAAGGGUACCCUUGCGUUAGCAGCGAACCUCCUCAGAACGAAAUCAUAGACAGGCUGUUUAGCGAAACCGAUACCUGCAUGAUGUCAGUAUCGUCAAUCAGCGACCAUAUUGUAAUGACCAAAGAUGACGAUAAAUUCGACCUGACUCAGCGGACACCUUCUCUAGAAGAGUUACCAGUAGACGAUACGACAUUAGUAGCGGCCGAGCAACCGAGCAGCGGCGAAAUAAACGCAGACAUUCCAGCACCGGCGCCUUCGACUACCAGUUUCGUAACCAGCGUCACCAGUAUCGGUAGCUGGGAUAACGGGUACCAAGGCGACGGCGAAUGCAGCCGGCCAACCAGUCGAGGAGCAGACGCGUCACCUCUGGCCAGAGUACCGAAAAUGGUAACCAAAGUUCUAGAUCCGAUGACCGAUUCGGAUUUCUACACCGAAAGCGACGCCGAUCUUUACGAAGACGUCUCUUGUCUACGAGGCGACCGGAAAGCUCGCGUCAUCGACGGUAAACUAUUCGGAUCUCCCGGCAGCACAAAAAUGAUAACUAGUCAAUCAUCCUACGGUUCGAAAGUUAUCACUGGUGAGAUUGCCGACGGACAACACGUGGUCGGCGGCGUCAAUUCCGAAGAAAUGGAUUCCAGCGGAAUUUACUCCGAUUUGGAAAGAAAGUUGGACGUGGCCGAAAAAACAAUCAUGGAAGUUGCCGUCGAAACACUGCCACCUCCGGUCGAAGACGUACAUUCCGAUACGUCCGGCAACUCUACCAAAUCAAUCAGCAGUCAAAAACUAGUCGUUAGUGAUAAACCCAACGAAACCACUAGUGAGAUUACAGAUAAGGUCAAACAUACCACCGCCAUCGCCCCCUCUUCCGCAACCACCUCAACCACUACCACCAUCACAACGUCAGCGGCCACCGCCACUAUAGCUGCCGUACCUGCGAAACCAGCGCCAAAAACCAAAUCCGUCUCCAAAACCGAUACAUCCUCGUCUCACACCGCUGCCAAAUCAGAAAACGCCCUGAAAAGACGUACUUGCGGUACAGUGAAAAAAGAAAACCUAAAAUCAGGUGAACCGUCCGGCGUCAAGCCAAAAAUGCCUCGUCGCAACGUGACCUCCAAAGUUAAAAGCAUGAUUUCCGCCUCCAGCAAAGGAUCCGAGGACGAAAACCAAGAGAACCAGCAACCUCAUCCGAAUAAAAUUCACGCCAAAAAAGCCAACGGUAAAUGGAGCUCGGUACUGUCGAAAAUUGAAAAGUCACGAAGCGAUGAUAAAUGCAAAGCUGACAAGUUGAAAGAUAUCAAGAGCAAGGUAGCCUGCGGUGUGCCCCAAGUCAGCCAAAGUAAAUUGCACAAAGAUGUGAAGAUUUUUUCGCCGAAUGGCAACGCUAUUAAUAAAGUUACAUUGCCGUCUAAAAUGUCAGCCGCCGCAUUGUCCGGUUCAACAAGUUCGCUCAAAGAUCUACCUUCCGGUCAUCGGGUUAAAACACGAAAAACUCGCUGUACCAGGCUGGGUAUCGAGUCUUCGAGUCAAUCAACGGCUACAGUUCCUGCGAGCAUUUCACAAGCCAGCUCGAGAAAUUCUUCGGUUACCGAUAUCAGUGACUCGCACGUCGACAUUAGUCAGCAUUCUUUGCCGGCUGUCGUCAUUCCGGCCGAAUAUCCUCGAGCCAAGAAAGCGUCGACUUUGUUGUGCAGUCCAUUAAGCGAAGGAUCGGUUCCAUGUGUUCCUCUUCCAUCUAGCCAAUUAAAUGGAAAAGAAGCGGCUAAAAUUUCAACGCUGCCGCGUACCAAGGCUAACCUAAAACAAACUGGAAGUAUAAAUUCUUUGAUCGAAAACACAUCGUCGGCUAUGAAAGCGCCGAAGAAAAAUGUUCACCGCAGGACGUUACCUAAAGUUCCCCUCAGAGAUCAGAAUCGUUUAACAAAUGGUGCCAGUGCUGGGUCGUGUUCGAUUAAUAAAGGUCCUCUGAAAGCAUUGCCCCCCGGUGACCAUGGACAUCGUGAUGUGUGCAAAAAUGCUGCUAAAUCGAAAACCAAACCUGUGCAGAUUGCCAAAGUCAACCCGCUCUUGUCGCAGCUAAAGUAUACCACAAAUGGCAUGGAAGCGUUUAUUAUUCUGUUUCAAAGGAUUACUGCCGAUAUGGAUGUGUUUACGUUACCGUAUAUCAAACGUGAAUUAACCAAGUAUAAAAGCGAAUGGUUGGAAAUGAAAUUGAAAUUAGAAGAAGCGAACGUCAGUUGUAAAAGAUUGAAGGAAGAAAUCGAAACUCAAAAAUUGAGACACGAAAGUAACUUGGAAAAAUUACGAAAUGCCCAUUCCGAACAGCUUAACAUGUUGAACUCGUGUCAUAAAACUGAACUAAACGAAAAAACGGAAGAUUACGAAAAGCAGUUGAAACAGAUGGAAGAAAAAUUAAAGAGCCGGGAAACGUAUUUGGAAUCGAAAUUCAACGAAGACCUAAGAGCCAUUCAACAGAAGGCUGAACAAAGACUCGAAAGCAUUCUGGAAGAGACGAAAAAACAAGUGAAAAUAUUACAACGCGAAAACGAAGAGUGGAAAGAGAAACUACGAGAGCAGUCGAAAAAGAACCUAAAAGAUGUACAAGAUAAGGUCAAAGUACAAAUCGAACAGAUUGAAAGUAAAUACGAACGAAAGCUAAACGAAGCAGCCGAAGAAUUGAGAAAAAAAGAAGAGCAAUUCGUAUCGUUUUCUAAUAAAAGAGCCGAAAAUUUAUUGAAAAGGAAAUUAAACGGGACGCAGGAAGAACGCGAGCUGUCGAACGAGAACGUUAUUCCUCACGGAUUUAAAGCCGAUUUUCAAAACUUGGAGGAGGAGGUGUGCUCGUUAAGGACUGUUCUUGAUCUGAAACAAUCGGAGAUUCAAGAUUUAAGAAAGUUAAACGAGAAGCUGCACGGUGAAGUACAAGAUUUACCUUUUGUUAUGCAGAAAUUAGAUUCAGCUCAGGCCAGAGUUGAAGAUUUGAGUGCUCAGCUGGAGACGAAAAUUGAAAAUGAAAAAAAAUUAUUGAAAGAAAAUCGCAAACUAAUGGAAACCGUUCACGCCGAAGCUGAAAAAAGAAACCGAUUAGCUUUCCAAAACGAAGAACUACUAUGGAAAUUGAAGAGAAGCACUCAAGUAGCCAAAACUCUGGCCGUAUUCAACAGCAAUCGUGGAAAAGAACAAUCCGUUUCAGAAUCAGAAGCCAUGAGCCAAUCCACUCCAAUUAACCCAAAUCAUUGCCAUCGGAAAUUGAACCUUAUUCGAAACGGUAACGCCGAAAAAUGCCUAAAACGAUCUCGAACCGAUAACGAUAUCAAAUCAACCGACACGUCACCGAGCCAAGACGCCGACGUAUCGUCCAAAGUACUCGGUGUGGUUGAAAAAAGCGACUCCGUCUCAUGGGUGCUGGAGCUGGACGAAUCUCCGGCUGCCGUCGCCUCCAGAAUGCUGCGAAGAGCCAACAGCCUGCGCGGAGUACCUUCGUCUAAGAAGAAAACCCACAGCAGAGCUAUGCUCAAGUUGCCAGCGCUCAAGAAACGACAAGAAGUAGAAGAUACUUCGACAUCCAAGGUAGACUUCGGCGUUCAAUGCUGCGAUAUCGAUUCGACUCUGGACGAGAUGGACGUCGUCAGCGGCCCCAUCGCCAAGCCGAGCCGUUCUGAUGAAACCUUCGAAGGAUCGGAAUCGCCGAAGAAACCGACAAACGAAGAAGACGAGAACAUCAUUUCGGAUAUUUCUUCGAUUUUCGAUUUCCUUCAAGAUACCGAUCUCGAUCCCGACGGGUUAUUGACCGAGGAAGAACAUCACGUGGCCGACUUUUACACAUCAGAGAAAGCCCUGAGGACGCCAUUUUCAACCUCGAGCAGCUCGAAUAGCAGUUUGAAUCUGGAUAUUUAUGACUGGACGCCUCGUAAAGGCGAUAAAGCUCUGGGAGAAUCGGCCCCCAUUGAUGUGGCUCAUUCGCCUGGUCAUAGUUGCUCAUCUAGCUUGACCUCGAGGAGCACAUCCGAUUGCGAUGACAGCGAAUCUAGCAGUAGUUCGUCCUUCAUACCCCCAAACAUUGAAACUAAAUUGACUACUAUUUGAAAUUUUUAUUUGUAAAUUUUACGUGUAUUUUUUGGUUUUUGAUUUUUGAUUUUUUUUUUCGUUUCUUCUCGAAAACCUGUUUCCACGAAGAUCAUCGCCGAUUUUUUUUUACCUUGUGAAACCUGUAUAAUUUUUAUAUACCUAAAUGUUAAUCGAUCAGCGAGAUUGUUAAUUUUUUUUAUGUCUUUUUACGUGUUACAAAAUUUAUGUCAUUUCUAUUUAUGUAUUAUCCGCUGCUUUGAUUGUUUGGAAGGGAUGAAAACCUACGCCAGUGUAAUUCGCAUUAUACCAUCUAAAAAAUUGUUCAAUGUACGAAGUUAUCUGUGUUUUUUGUUUUUUGUUAGUCAUGGAAUUAAUUUAUGUAUUAGUUUGUAAGACAGAUGCGUUCGGAAAUAUAAUUUCGUUUCGAUUGUUCCCUCGUGAAGGAAAAAAUGUAAUCCUUAAAGUCAUCUCAAAUCGAAUUUCGCAUUGCGAAAUAAUUAUAUAAGUCAUAUCUCAGGUAAUUUAUACCUAAUUUAAGCGAAUCGAUCUUUGAUAUCCUUUCGAAUUUUAAGAGAAAAAAAACUGAACCAAAGCCUACUUAUACGUGGUCUUUUUUUUUUAUUGGGAGCAUCGUUAUUACAAAAUAUACUUGUAUAUGUUUCAAGUAUUUCGUCAGUAUUAUCAUUUUGUUUUAAUUUUUUUUAGUGAUUGAAUAAUUUGUUGUUAUUGUGAAUUUUUUUGUUAUUGUAUCUUUUCUUUUUGUCUUUUUUUUUUCUUUUUGUAUAAUUUCCUUGUAUAUUGACUUUUGAACUAAAUUUUAAUUAAGGAAGAGAAUGUUUAAUAUAUUUUUUUUCUAUGUAUGGUAGCUUAAUAUGUAAUAUGUCUAGUCAUACACAUCGUUGGUGUGUUUAAAAAAUCAAAAAGAUAUAUUUAUCUGCAUUUGUUCUCUCCCUUUCUCCUUCCUUGUUUAAAUAUUUGUAUGUUUAGGACGUCAUGUUUAAUCAGCGUGUACUUACUUUGGUACUAUUUUAUCAUUUUUUUCUUUUUGUUCAAUAAAUGUUUAAAAUACAUUGUAGUCCUGUCCGAAAAGAGAUUAGAGUAGUUGAGAGGAAAACUGAUGCACUUAGUUGUAAUAAUUUUUUGGGUUGUGAUUGGUGAAGAAUAUAUUUCUAUAUUAGUAUUUUAAAAAAUGAUUUCAAACAUACCAAAUACACGUGUCGAUUAUAUCGCAUGUGUAUGUUUUAAGCGAUUAAAGUUUAAGUCUUGUUGUACGAUUGAUAGUGCCGUUAUUUGCAAAUAAAUUUUUAUGAAUUUA